UAUUAAGGGCCAUGCAGUUACUACAGUGAGACUUGGGAUUGUCUUCAGGGAGCUUUCGGUCUCACACUUGGAGAAACAAAAUGAGUUCAGGCUGAGUAUGGCAGCCUCAGCUGCAGGAGCCGGGAUGGGCAGAAACAGAGACAGGGACAGGAGCAGGGGCAGGGGCAGAAUCGGGGACAGGAGCAGGGGCAGGGGCAGGGCAAGGGCAGAAGCAAAGGUAGGGGUAGAGGCAGGGGCCGGGGCCGGGGCAGGGCUGCCGCAACGGCAGAGCGGCGGCAGCAGCAGCAGCACUGAGGGUCGGGUUUCCCUCUCACCUCCUGGGGGUGCUGUCCCUCUCUAUCACUCUCACUGGCUGGCUGGCGGAGUUGUGAGGGAUCAGCCACUCAGAGAGGUUUCCUGCAAGCCAGGACAGCUGUCCCGGCCGCUGUCAGCUUAAGUUCUCCGCCGCUGCGGCUCCGGGUCCCGUGUCUGGGAGCUCCGGACAGCCCCUCUCGCUCCCCACCCAGGAAAGCGGCCUGUGAAGUCCCCCAAGAUGGAUUUGCCUCUAGGGGCUGUCCUUGGCCACCGGCGGGCCCUGUUCCUCGCCCUCCUCCUGGCUUCCUCCGGAGGCCCGGCCGCCGCCCUGAAGGUCGCCGCGCCCUACUCCCUCUACGUGUGUCCCGAAGGGCAGAACGUCACCAUGAGCUGCAAGGUCACGGGCUCCCUCAGCGACCGUCACGACUCGCUCUUCAAGACGUGGCACAUGGGCCACGGGGAGAGCCAGAGCUGCUCGGAGAGGAGGUCCAUCCGCAACGUCACGGAGCGGGAGCUGCACCCGCACCACGGCGGGCACCGCGCGGCCAACGGCAGCCAGAGCGGGCCGCACCGGGGCGUGGAGCUGGCCUCCGACCACCACGGCAACUUCUCCAUCACGCUGCUCAACCUGACGGCGCAGGACAGCGGCGUCUACUGCUGCCUGGUGAUGGAGUUCAACCACCGCCACUUUGAGCAGACAGUGCACAGCCUCAUGGAGCUCCAGGUGCAGAAAGGCCAAGGCCCACUCUCCAAAUGCACACUGCACCCAGCCUCCAUCCAGGAAAGUGAAAAUAUCACAGCGGCAGCCUUGGCCACCGGAGCCUGCAUUGUGGGCAUCCUCUGUCUGCCCCUGAUCCUCCUCUUGGUCUACAAACAGCAGCAGGCGGCCUCCAACAGGCGUGCCCACGAGCUGGUGAGGAUGGAGAGCAACGCGCAGGGCAUCGAGAACCCCGUUUUUGAGGCCGUGCCUCCGGGGGCGUCCGAGUCGAAGCCCAAGCCCCCCCUGUCCUACAUGGCCCAGAGGCAGCCCUCCGAGUCCGGCCGGCACCUCCUCUCGGAGCCCAACACCCCGCUCUCCCCUCCUGGCGUCGGAGACGUUUUCUUCCCGUCACUAGAUCCCGUCCCCGACUCUCCUGGCUCAGAGGCCGUGUAGAGCUGCUUGCUCGGAGGGAUGACAAAAGCACUGCGCAGGGAGAGGGGCUCGUUCCCGGCUCUGCCCCCUUGGACCCGUUCUUUGUUGCUCUCUUGCCCUCCUGCCUCCCAUGCAGGGCCCAAGGGUCCUCAUGAUCCCUCAAGAACCAACACGGGGGGAAGAAAACUGCCUCCUCUAUUGCCUCUCGUUGGCUCCUGUCGCCAGAGACACGGUGGGACCUGCUCCGCCGAGAGAUCAACGAUUCACCAGCCACGCUGGACGUUCUGGGACAAAGAGCUUGGGUGUGAGAAGCCUCCCCCAAUAAUCUGAAGUCUUCCUGCCCUCAUGCCUUAUGAUAGAAUGAACUCUCCCUUUCCCUGCCCACCGCAGGCCCCCAACAGAGGGAAGCAAAGUACCCUCAGAGCUAGCAAGGGGACGGCGGACUUGGCCUGUAGGGAAAGGCCCCCCAGCCGAUUUCGCACUAUUCGGUCAAGGAUCCGUCCGCCCAUCAGAGGGGUAUGGGGGGGGGUCCUUCCCAACAGUGACUGAGGCCCUGGGAGCGGAGGGCGUGAGGUGGGGAAGACCUCCCCGCCUCAGCCUGAGGAUGCCCGCCUUACAGAGAUCACGCAGAAGCAAGUUUCGGGCUUCCAAAGAUUCUGGCCCCUCCGAGUUAAGCUGGCCGUCCCAGACAAGAAGUGCCCGCCGGGGGCACCAUGCCCCAUCUGGGGGGGACUUUGGGGCUGAGACAUCCUGCCCUGGCAGCUGGCGGGGGCUGAUGGAGCAAAGCCCUGGGCACUGUCACAGCGAUGACUGAAGGAAGGAACGCUCCACAUCUGCUGGCCGGGGGGAUCCGGGGGGGCCGAGCGACUCUGGGGGGCCGGGGCUCAGUGCUUGGGCCCAUGGCGAGCUGUGGUGGCUUUGGGGAAUGACCUGGCUCUUCUGAGCCCUCGUCCAGCCCCUGCCCCGCCCUCAGCCGAUGGCCAGAAGCAGGAGGCAAAGGGGGCACUGUAAAUAGCGGCAUCUGGCGCUCUGUUCGCUGUUACCUUGGCUGCUUUGUAUGUGAGGAUUUAUACUUGGAGUUAGAUUUGUUGAUAUGUAUGUAUGUAUAUGUGUGUGUGUCAAUAUGUACAUAGUCACAGAAGCAAAUUUCGAACAAAAUUGCUAUUAGAGGAUUUUUAAAGAGAA